ACAGGGACUUCCGCAGUAGUGAGUGGAGUGGCUGGGAUUGGAAAAACAACAUUGGUGCAAAAAAUUGUCCAUGACUGGGCCACAGGCAAAAUCUAUCCUCACUUUCACUUCGUAUUUGUUUUCAAAUUCCGAGACCUAAACAGAUUUCACGACAGAACAACCCUGAGCCGUCUGAUCGUGGAGCAGUAUCCUUACCUCAGUGAUGUUCUGGACGAGCUGUGGAAACACCCAGAGACAUUGCUCUUUAUAUUUGAUGGUUUGGAUGAAUUCAGGGCAACGAUUGAUUUCGGUGACAAUCAGAGUGACACAGAUCCUCAGCGCAGCUGCACAGACCCUAAAUUCUACUUUAAAGUGUCUGACAUUGUGCGCAGUUUAAUACAGCAAAAGCUGCUGCCAGGCUGCUCAGUGUUGGUGACCAGCCGCCCCACUGCAACACAUUUACUGGCAAAGGCUCAGGUCAGUGUCUGGGCUGAAAUCCUGGGAUUUGUGGGUGAAGACAGAAAGGAAUAUUUUCACAAGUUCUUUGAAGAUCAGGGGAUGGCGGCUGCUGUUUACAGCCACGUGGAGGAGAACGAGCUUCUGCUCACUAUGUGCUACAACCCUUCCUACUGCUGGAUCCUCGCUCUGACUCUGGGUCCCUUCUUUACACUGAAGCAGAGCAACAAACAUCCAGUUCCCAAGACGGUCACCCAACUCUUCUCCCAUUAUAUUUAUCACAUUCUAACGCAUCACAGUGUCAAGAUAGAAAACCUCCGUGAUGUGAUGCUGAAGAUUGGUAACAUGGCCUUCACUGGAGUCUCCCACAGAAACAUUAUCUUUAAUACUGAAGAUCUGAUCAAAUAUGAUCUUCAACUUUCGCAGUUCCUCUCUAGCUUUCUCAUGGAACUUGUGGAGAGAGAGUCCUCAGAGCGCAGCGUGGUCUACGCAUUCCCACACCUCUCCAUCCAGGAGUUUGCAGCCGCACUCGCUCAGUUCCUGUCUCCACAUCCCAGAACCAUCAGGAAAUGUCUGGCCCAUGCUGACAGGGCGAAGAAUGGUCGGUUUGAGAUAUUCCUGCGCUUUGUGGCAGGUCUCUCCUCCUCACGGGCAGCUCAGCCAUUGGAGGAGUUUCUGGGGCCAUUGGCCCAUCACACAACCUCCGCGGUGAUCGAUUGGCUGAAAGAGAAAUUUAAAGCUCAGAUCAGAGACACAGACACGGUCCAUGGGAAAAGGAAGCUGCUGAACACACUCCACUACCUGUUCGAGUCUCAGAAUCAAGCCCUGGUACAGCUCACACUGGGCUCUGUACAGACACUGACAUUUGGUGGUAGCUCUCCGAAGAAAGCAUUGAGAUUGACACCGAUAGAUUGUGUUGUGGUGUCUCAGGCCAUUGGACUCUGUGACACAUUAAACCUGCUGGAUCUGAGCAGAUGCUACAUUCAGGUGGAGAGUCUCCAUCGUCUGGUUCCCGCUCUGCACAAGUGUCAGCAGUUGCUGCUGAGGUACAAUAAACUGGGAGUUUCUGGAAUGAUUCCACUUUGUGAGGCUCUGACGAAACCGGAGAGUAAAAUACAGAGGCUGGACCUGGGGCACAAUCAUCUGGGAGACUCGGGAAUGAAGCGACUGUGUGAGGCUCUGAGGAACAAGGAGUGUAAAAUAAAGAAUCUGGAGCUGGCCAGCAAUCAACUGAGAGAUUCAGGGUUGAAGCCACUGUGUGAUGCUCUGAGGAACCCGGAGUGCAAAAUACAGAGACUGGUGCUGGAAGAUAACAAACUGACAGCGGAUUGUACCGAGGAACUUGCCUCCGCUCUCAAAACAAACCGCUCACUGACAGAGCUGCAUCUGAGUCACAAUAAUGUGGGAGAUUCAGGAGUGAAGCGACUGUGUGAGGCUCUGAGGAACCCGGAGUGUAAGAUACAGAGUAUGGGGCUGUGGGUAACAACCUGAGCGAUGGCUGCACUAAUGAUCUGGUCUCCGCUCUCAGCACCAGCCGCUCACUGAGGAAGCUCUUCCUGGAGUACAACUCCUUCACAGACAUCUCCAUCCCCGCUCUCCGCCGCCUCACACUGACCUGCACCAGCCUGGAGGAGAUCAGGCUGGAGGGGAAUGAGUUCAGUUCAGACGGAGAGAAUCAGCUGCAGUCACUGCGGGGAAUCAGAGCUGAGCUGUCAGUGACAGUGUGACACUGACUGAGGCAUUGACUGUCCACACAGUCUGUGUGAUAUGCAAUAUAUUCUGGACGCUGUAGUGACUGAUUAUUAAACAUAUUAAUCCUGA